UUCAGUGGGAUUAUUUGAAAUAUAUAAACCCAAAACAAACAUGAAGCUUUUGGCUAUUAUUGUGAUGGUGGCUUCAAAGGUCACUGUGAACAGGGGCCAGAUUACGAGUCAGAUCGCUGGAAUGCAGACCGGUCUAGCGAACCCAACUGUAUGUACUCAAUCAGCAACAGAUUGGAGACGACCAGCGCUCAGUGAUAUCGCUGUAGAGUGUGGAACAUCUUACAUAGGUCUGGCCAUCCAGCUGUGCCCAGUCCUCUACACCGGCUACAAUGAAUCUCUGCUUAUCAUCAACAAACUCUUUGCAAACCCUGACUGUAGAGGCACCUUAGACGAGACGGUCUCUCCUCCUGUGGUGCGCUUUAGGUUCCCCAUCAACAUGACGCACGCCUGUGGGAGCAAAUUUAUCACCACGAGUGCGGCUGGUACAGGGGUCUUCGCCGACUUUUCCAACAUCGAGACGGUUAACAUCAGCGGAACGGUGCGCUCUCAUGAUCCAGUUCAGGGGAAAGUGACCUAUAAUGCAGAACUUUCGUACUUCUACUCGUGUGCCUACCCUCUGGAGUACUUGAUCAACAACACCCGUAUAGAUGUGUCGGCAUCUUCCAUUGCAGUGCGGGACAACAAUGGAAGUUUCAUUAGUACUCUGAGGAUGGAGCUGUACAGUGAUCCGGGAUUUGCAAAUCAUUUAACUGUCCCAGUGACGGGUUUAGAGCUCAGGACUUCUAUCUAUGUCCUGGUGAGGGCCGACAACCUGACUGACCAGUACAGCGUGCUAAUGGACAGAUGCUACGCCUCCAUUUCUCCACUUCCAACAAACUCAACUUUCUUCAACUUAUUUGUUCCAUGUUCCCAGGAUCCUUUGACAAAGAUCUACAUUAACGGUGAUGGCCACAGAGCUACCUUCUCUUUCCAGGCCUUCCGCUUCAUCGAACAACAGAAUGAAACCGUGUCCACGUACUACCUCCACUGUAUCACCCGACUGUGUGAGAUCAGCACCUGCGAGUCCUUCAAGCAAUGCUCCAGGAGGAAAAGAGAGGUCCAGUCGACUGAAAUCGGGGACGCCACCACUCUCACCUCAAAGAUCCCCAUUGUGACCAAGAACGACGACGGAGAAACUUCUCAGGCACAAGUCUCCGUGAGGUCUGAGAACCAGUCUAAGAAGGGUCUGGAGAUUGCGGUGGGAAUCCUGGCUGUGGCGGUGGCUGCAGUGUUUGUGGUGGCUGCAGUCUUCUACAGGAGGCUCAGACGCUGAAGAACAUAUGUAUGAAUCACUAUUAUAUCACUCCUCUUCCUCAUUAUGUUGGUAGCAUUUAUAUCGCAUGACUAGUUUGGUUUUAAGGUAUUUUAUUUGCAUGAGAAAAAAUAGACCAUGAAUGCAAUGAAAUAAGAAAGGUUUUGAUAGAGAAAUGCUGCUGUUAUUUAAAGGUGCACUAUGU